AUGUUGUUCGAUGAGAAGCAGGUGGUUGGCGCGUUCGACGACUUGGUUGCUCGGCAGAUCAUUCUUUAUGGCCCCGAGACAGUCUUCACAACUAGGGAUCAAGGGUUCGAUUUCGAGUUCCGCAUCUGUCCAUCGUUGGCAUCGAAACCUGCGACGGCCGAUGCAACCAACAAUGCCGCCUUUGACCAGCUCCCUAAAUAUGGGCCUGGGAGCGACCUCGUCGACGCAGACCCAGCCCUCAUUGUGACCAAGGUCCAUGGGACGCAUCUUCUGGUUCUGAACCGUUUCGCCGUCUUUCGACCACAGUACCUGAUCUUGACCCUCGAUUCGUUCAGGCGACAGACGGAGAAUCUCGACAAGACAGAUCUCUCAGCCGCAUGGGUUGUUCUAAACCAAUUGAGCCAUGAGCAUUUUAUCAUGUUCAACUGCGGGAACGAGGCCGGUUGCAGCAGACUCCACAAACACAUGCAGGUGAUUCCUUGCUCGGACGGCUUGACGCUGUUUCCCGACCUGGAGGCACUCAAUCCCGAGAACAUUCCGUUCAGAUACUUCAUCCAACCUCUCCAGCCUGCAGCAGAGAGCACACUAGACUCCUUGCUUCCAGUAUACGAGAGGCUACGCAACGAGGCGUACACGGCCUGGCAAAGCUGUUCCAGGGACACUCUCGACUACUUCCCUCACAACAUGAUGCUUACGAAAAGGUGGAUGAUGGUUGUGCCCCGGCGGAGAGUGGCAGUGCAAGGAGCGAGUGCCAACGCUGCCGGUAUGAUGGGCAUGGUCUGGACGACGAAUACACAACAGCUGGAGCAAUGGCAAAAGCUGGGACCCGCACAGGUUUUGGCAGAACUUGGUGUGGCAACAAGAAAAGAUACCUGA